CUAUCUACAUAUAUCGGCCUCAAAUUUGAUAUUUUCAACCCUCUUGAAAACAUUUGAAUUAGCCAGAAAUAAAUCAUAUAGUUCACAUAUAUAUCAGAUAGAAACGCCACUAUGGCCCCCUCCGCCAUCUCAGGUCUCCAAUCCUCCCUACCCACAAACGAAAACGCACUCUCAUCUUACCGUGGCUACGACCAUGUGCACUGGUACGUUGGCAACGCGAAGCAAGCCGCCUCAUACUAUGUAACGCGCAUGGGCUUCGAGCGCGUCGCCUAUCGCGGCCUUGAAACCGGCUGUCGCCACCUCUGCUCACACGUCGUGCGCAACGGCGACAUCACUUUCGUGCUCACCUCGCCCCUGCGCUCCCUGAACCCGACCAAACUUGCCCAGUUUUCAGCUGAAGACCAAGACGCCGUCAAAGAAAUCCACGCGCACUUGGAAAAACAUGGCGAUGCUGUCAAAGACGUCGCGUUUGCGGUGGACUCCGUCGACGCAGUUUUCAACGCGGCGGUCCGUAACGGUGCCACAGCAGUGUCGAGUCCGAAGACGAUAGAAGAUGCCCAUGGCUCGGUGCGUCUUGCUACUAUCCGCACGUAUGGCGAUACUACCCACACGUUGAUUGAGCGUGGUCAAACUUAUACCGGUAUCUUUCUGCCUGGAUAUCGAGCUGAAGCUCCCGGUGCACCCAAAGACCCGAUUUCGGCGCAGUUGCCGAGUAUCAACCUGAGACGGAUUGAUCAUUGUGUGGGGAAUCAGGAUUGGGAAGAGAUGGAGGAUGUGUGCGCGUACUAUGAAAAAGUCCUCGGAUUCCACCGUUUCUGGUCCGUCGAUGACAAGGAUAUCUGCACCGACUACUCCGCGCUCAAGUCCAUUGUCAUGUCCUCGCCCAAUGACAUUGUCAAAAUGCCCAUCAACGAGCCCGCCCACGGCAAAAAGCAGUCGCAGAUUGAAGAAUACGUCGACUUCUACGACGGCGCUGGAGUCCAGCAUAUCGCUCUCUUAACAGACGACAUUAUCAGCGCAAUCACAAAUCUGCGCGCUCGCGGCGUCGAGUUUAUCAAAGUCCCCGAAACGUAUUAUGACGAUAUGUGGGUGCGGCUAAAGAAAGCCGGUAUGAUGCCAAAGGAGGCCUGGGAGGAUAUUAAGAAGUUGGAUAUAUUGAUUGAUUUUGAUGAGGGUGGUUAUCUUCUGCAGCUUUUCACAAAGCAUCUUAUGGAUAGGCCGACAGUCUUUAUUGAGAUUAUUCAAAGGAAUAAUUUCUCAGGAUUUGGCGCUGGGAAUUUCAAAUCCCUGUUUGAAGCAAUUGAGCGUGAGCAGGAGUUGCGAGGAAAUCUAGUCUAAUGAUAACGUCCCGUCUUGAAUUUGAAAUUAGCUUGCAUGCGUUUGAUAAUUAGGGUUAUUCUUCGUGUCAAUAUUCAACUUUUACAUUACCGCCUAUAACUACAUAAAUAAUAGUAGACGAGAUCAUGUGUCACGGACCUGGAUCCGCUAUAGUUGUCGC